AUGUACUCUACUGUUUACAAGCAACAUGGAAAUUCUGAUGCUUCAAUAGCAUCCUUUAUAACAACAGGAUUUGUUGGCCAACUUAGAGGCUGGUGGGAUCAUUAUCUCACUGAAUCUCAAAAAUUAGAGAUUCUUAAUCAUAAAAAAAUCGUUAAGAGCGAACCAAGAACUAGUACGAGCACUAUUGUGGCUACAACCACCACAGGAGAAGAAGAUGCAGUGUAUACACUGUGUCUCUCCAUCUUACAACAUUUUGUAGGAACCAAUGUCCCCAUUGGAGAAAAAAUCCAAACACUUCUCCAAAACCUUAGGUGUCCUUCUCUCACCCACUUUAGAUGGUAUAAGGAUACUUUUCUUUCAAGAGUUUAUCAAUUAAACAAUCCCAAUUCUUUGCAUUGGAAAGCAAAAUUUAUUGAUGGAUUACCUCAUUUCUUUUCAGAAAAAGUUAGACAAUCCUUAAGACAGAAAAAUGAUGGGAUAAAUAUAAAUUUUUCAGAUCUUACUUAUGGUCAUAUAAUUAGCACUUGUGUUAAUGAAGGAUUAACUUUAUGUAAUGACAUAAAGCUUAGAAAUCAACUCAAAAAGCAAAAGCUUUCUGAAAAACACCAAAUUGGUGAAUUUUGUGAGCAAUUUGCUUUUGAUCUUGGAAAAUCUCCAGAUAAUAAAAAGAAAAAAGAAAAAAUUUUCUGCAAUAAACCUUAUAGGGAUAAGCCAAAAAAUUCUUAUAAAAAUUCUUAUAAGAAUAAGAAAAGGGGCCACUACAAUAAGAGUAGACCUAAAGAAAAAUCUUUUGACCCUAAAGGUAAAAGAAAAGCCAAAAGGCUUGACAUAACAUGUCAUAAAUGUGGCAAACCUGGCCAUUAUGCCAACCAAUGUUGGACUAAAAAAACUCUUAAUGAGAUAGAAGAUGAACAAUUACGUUCUCAAUUAGAGAAAGUUUUACUUCUCAAAUCUGAUUCUGAAGAAUACUCUUCUGAAGAAGAUAUUAAUAUGAUUUAUGAAUCUUCUUCUGAUUACUCAUCUGAAUCUUCUAACAAUAAUAAUUGUCAAUGUAAUCAAUUAGAUUACUGGAAAUCAAUAGUAGAUAUGAAUGGGUUAAAUGUUUUAACCUCAGAACAGGAUGGAGCUAUAAAGGCUAUAGAGUCCAUUUCUGAUAAAAACCUUAAAAGAAAAAUGCUUGAGGUUCUAAUCCAAGAAAACUCUAAAAGAGAAUCUCCUAUUAUUACAGAAGCACCUUACCAAUUAAGUGAGGUUUUGUCUAGAUUUAGACAGUCUAACAUUCGUGAAACUCCUGUUUCUAUUAUGGAUUUAAAUAGAGAAAUAAAUCUCUUAAAAAAUGAGAUAGCUCAAAUUAAAAAAGAAAACUAUGGUUUAUCUCAAAGGCUCACUUUUUUAGAGUCCAAUAAUUCAAGGGUUGAAGAAAUAGCUUCAACUAGUAAUCCUUCACCUAGUGAUGAUUUCCUUUCCCUCAUUGAUAGAGUGACCUCCCAAAAAUGGUUUGUUAGAAUAACUUUAGUGAUUAAUAGAAAUUUCAUAUUAGAAAAUGAAGUUGCCCUUAUUGAUAGUGGCGCUGAUUUAAACUGCCUUCAAGAGGGAAUUAUUCCCACUAAGUAUUUUGAUAAAACUACUCAAUCUCUUACACAAGCUGGAGGAGAUAAACUCACGGUUAAUUAUAAACUGUCUAAUGCUUAUGUUUGUAACAAAGAUAUUUGUUUACCCACUCACUUUAUUCUUGUGAAAAACUUAACUCAUAGAAUUAUAUUAGGAACUCCCUUUCUGCAUAAAAUUAUGCCUCUAAUUAAUGUUGAUCAAAAGGGAAUUACCUCCAUUAUUAAUAAUAAAAGAAUUACUUUUGAAUUCAUUACUGAUCCUCAUACUAGGAUGAUUAAUGAAGUUAAAGAUAUUCUUCUUAAAAAAGAAAAACAAAUUUGUUUUCUUAAAGAAGAAGUGGGUUUAUUAAACAUCACUUCUCAACUAAAAAACCCUGAAAUUCAAAAUCAAAUUAAAUUAAUUGAUCAACAUUUUAGAGAAGAAAUAUGCAAUGAUUUACCUAAUGCCUUUUGGGAUAGGAAGAAACAUGUUAUUUCUUUACCUUAUCUUGAUGACUUUAAUGAAAGUCAGAUUCCCACUAAAGCUAGGCCUGCUCAAAUGAAUCAUGAGUAUUUGGAUUUAUGCAAAAAAGAGAUAGAAUCUCUUUUGUAG